AUGGAAAAGAAAAAGAAAUUGAAGGAGAAGAAGAAGGCAAUGAAGGAGAAGAAGAAAGAAAAGAAGGAAAAGAAAUUGAAGAAGAUAAAGGAGAAAUUGGGAAAACUGGAUGAAGGAAGUCUGGAUAAAGGAAAUGAUAAAACGGGUUCUCAGAAUGAAAUGAAGAAAUCAGUCCAAUUACAAAGUUCGGGUAUGGUACCGCUUUAUGAAAACUUUAUGGUUUCUGAUGAUGAAAAUGAGCUGAAAACUGUAUCCAAGAGGAGUGAAAGUGGUGGUUAUGAUGGCUUUAAGGACGAUGAUUUUAUUGAUAAAGACGAGUCCGGCUCUGAUGGUAAUAAUAAAGGGGACAAUAAUGAAAAAUUGAACAAGUUGAAGGAAAAGAAGAAAGAAUUAAAGGAGAAGAAGAAGGAAAUGUUGGAGAAAAAGAAGCAAAAGUUGGAAAAGAAGAAGCAAAAGAAGAAGGAAAAGAUGGAAGAAAAGAAGCAAAUGUUGGGCAAGUUAAAAGGAAUGUUUGAUAAACUGGAAGAAGGGGACAAUGAAAUGAAAACAAAAAGUUUUCAUUCCGACUAUGUUGAAGUUAAAAACUCAGAAUUGAACGUGCUUUAUGACUUUGCUAAGAAAGGUGAAGAUAAUGAAUUGGUGAGUAUGGUGAAGAGAGAUUUGGUUGAUGAUUUGUUAUUAAAGGUGUUUAAUCUGUUGAAGGAUUCUGGUUUGAUUAAUGAAAUUAUUAGAAUGUCGUUGACUGAUCCUUUAGUUAGAAGAAGUUUGACAGAUGUGACAGCGAGAUUAUUGAAGGCAAGAGUUGUUCCGUGGGAUGAUAUUUUCAUUGCUUUGAGAAGACAUGGUUUAGCUUUUGAAGUUGUUGAAUUUACUCUUACCAAUGCAGAAACGAGGGCUGGAUUGGCAUCAUUCGUUGUUGAAUUGUUGCCUCGCUUGGUUAAUGCUGGCUCAAUAACACCUGGCCAAUUACUUGAUACUAUUCCAAGAAUUCAAGAAGAGGUUGAUUCAAGAAAGUCCCAAAAGGGGUCUACUUAUUCUGAUAAUAUUGAUUCUGAUAAAACGGGUGGUACUACUGAUGGUGCUAAAGAUUUUUCAGGCCCUGUCAAGCAAAAGCCACAUGAAGUGGUGGUUCCUGAUAAGAUUAAAGGUCCAAAUUUGACACCAAUUCCUCUGGAAAUUCCAAAAGAGAAAGAUUAUUAUAGUGAAGGUGAAGGUGAAGAUGAAGAUAAAUGUGAUGAGCUGAACAAAGUUCAAGAGAAACCAAGUACUACACCAUAUGAAGGGAAACAGAGGGUUGAUGAAGGUAAAUUGCAAGUUAUUCCAAAUACAGGGAAUAUGCCAUAUGGGAAACCAAUGUAUAUUCCAUUUGCAAGAUUGAAUCAAACGACUUCGGUAAUUCCUGUUCCAAACAACCAAGAUCAAUUUUUGAGAGAACGUGCAAAGAAUAAUGAAAGAUACGGACAAAUAAAGGAAUCGUUGCCAUCGCACCCAAAUAAUGGUUUGCUUGAUGAACAUUCCCGGUUUAAUAAUCCAGAGAAGUUGAAGAAUUUAAGACCGCUUUUUCCAAGUGGUAACUCUACUAAUGGAUCCGAUGAAGUGAAAACUCCGUAUCCAAGAAUAAGAGUAUUUUAUGAUGGUACUUUUAUUCCUAAUUAUCCAGUUGAUUUCAAACCGCCAAUUGCUGGUGGGUCUCCUCCUGUGUCUUCUGAAGAAGACACAAAAAUUCCAGUUGGUAUUAAUCCUCCAUAUAUUACGAAUGGUACCAUUACAAAUUAG